CCGCAAUCCAGGUUGCGUUCUAUUCAUCCAACCAUCAUUCAUCGGUCAAUCGCAUGGUAUUAUUGUUCGUGAGGCUAUUCGCAAGACACUAGUCAAACUCACUUGUGUAAAGACCAAGGUUGCUCCCUAUAACUGUCAAACGCUGUCAAUUCUCCCUUUGGCCAUCUCUCGAGCGUGAAGGCGCGAGCAGGCUUUGGUUAAGACAGUUCAGGUCUAUCAUCGUUGGAUACGGCGGUGAACGAAGCAUCAAUGUCGGGCCAAUACUAUCCUCCGCCCCCUGGCGCGGCUGGCUCUUCAGGCCAACAAAAAAGCUACCCUCCACCUCCGACGUCCCCUCCCGCAAAUCAGACCAAGUUUUAUCCUCCGCCGCCUGGUACACCGAGCUACCCGCCUCCAGGAGCAGCCCAGGCGCCCAGUUACCCUUCACCACCGCAUCAGAACUAUCCUCCUCCUCAGCAGAGCUAUCCUGCGCCACCACAACAGAGUGUAUCGCCGCCGCCGAAGACGGGGACACCGACCUCCUAUCCUCCUCCUCCAACUCAGCAAACCUUUCAGUCAUCUCCACCACCACAGCAGCAGCAGCACAUGAAUCUCGCCAUCAGAAACAAUGGCGCCAUGACACCACCCAGCAGCGUGCCAGCCUACUCUGACGCGGCCCCGAAUGCGCCUCAGGGCUAUCCGGAAGAGAAAGCCCAAUUGCAACAGUUACAGUUACAGCAGCAGCAGCAGCAGCAGCAACAACAACAACAAUCACCACCACAACAACCCUCAGGAGGACCAGUACCCGCGCCCAACAUGUCGGCAGGAGCACCUACACCGGGGACCUUCGUAGGCGCGAGCGCUACCGUAGAUGAUGUGGGCACGUUCAAUGGCGGCUCCUUUCGGAUCAGCCACCGAGAUUGUAACACGAUUGUGACGAUUCAACUGGCGAUGGGGUGUCCCCUGACAGCGAAGCCGGGGGUUCUCAUUGCCAUGAGUCCAACAAUCACACUCAAGGGUGAGUACAAGUUCAGCAUGAAGAAGCUCAUGGCUGCGGGUACCGACCUAGGUCAAUCAACAUUUAUUGGCCCAGGUGAGUUACUGAUGGCUCCGAGUAUGUUGGGCGACAUCACGACAAUUCGCCUUAACGGGGAGGAGUCGUGGAGCGUGGGCAAGGACGCCUAUGUAGCGAAUACACAGGGCGUCAAUCGCGACUACAAGCGUCAAGGGUUGGGUAAAGCUAUGUUCUCUGGCGAAGGCCUCUGGGUCCACAAGAUUUCUGGUGUUGGCUUGUUGUGGAUAUCAAGCUUCGGCGCAAUUAUCCGCAAGGACCUCGCCGACGGUGAGAAGUAUAUCGUCGAUAACGGUCACCUCGUCGCAUGGAACGUGAAGUACGUUAUGGAGCGCGUCACUAGUGGUGGCAUCAUCGCCGGCUUUGCCAGCGGUGAGGGCCUCGUGUGUAAAUUCACGGGCCCCGGUACGGUCUUCCUCCAAACCCGAAACCCGCGUGCCUUUGGAAUGUAUAUGUCAGGUAAUUCGGCAGCUCCUUGAAAAAAGGCUAUGAUAUUGUUGCUUCGAACAUGAAGAAAUCGGGAAGUUAUCGUGCUGCUGCCUGGGGAAAGAGGAGAUAUCAUUCCAGCUCGGGGUUGUGAUCAGUCAGUGAAUCGGUCCCUUAGUCAUUUAGUCAAGCCGGGCAAGUCAGCCAGUCGGCCAGUCUAUUCAUUAGUUUGUCCGCCCGCCCGUCUGAUGUGCUGCGAACGACUGUCGGGUAAAGGCGAGUGUAGUGUAAGCAGGAGUGGGCCGUGUUAUUUUUGCGGGUUAGCGGCGGGAACGGUACAUUUCCUUUUACCUAAUCAAGAUAUCUUCAUUG